GUCACACUAUAGUAGUACCACCAAGAGGCAAUUACCAUUUUCACCAGCUGAAGAGAUUCCAAGGUUUGGUGUAUAUUUACCACUCUCAUCUGCUUACUUCUUACACUCUUCGAUCAUCUAGGGUUUGGAUCUCGUUGACCAAUUUGAUAGAAAAUGGCUGGAGAAAAUCAGAAUGUAUUGGAAUGGGUACAGAAAGAUAAGCGUCGAAUGCUUCAUGCUGUCUACAGAGUUGGAAAUCUUCAGAAAACCAUUGAGUUUUACACAGAAUGUCUUGGGAUGAAGUUGUUGAGGCAAAGAGAUAUUCCAGAGGAGAAAUACUCAAAUGCUUUCCUUGGGUUUGGACCUGAAGAUAAACAUUUUGUUGUUGAACUAACUUACAAUUAUGGAGUGGAUAGUUACGACAUUGGAACAGGCUUUGGGCACUUCGGAAUUGCAACUGAUGAUGUCUAUAAAUUGGUUGAUAAAAUACGAGCCAAAGGUGGAAAUGUCACACGCGAGCCUGGUCCAGUUAAAGGUGGGUCAUCACACAUUGCUUUUGUGAAGGAUCCCGAUGGUUACACUUUUGAGCUUAUCCAAAGUGGGCCAACUCCUGAACCAUUGUGUCAAGUUAUGCUCCGUGUGGGUGAUGUUGAACGUUCUAUUAAGUUCUAUGAAAAGGCUUUGGGGAUGAAGCUCUUGAGGAAGAUUGAUAGGCCUGAACACAAGUACACUCUAGCAAUGAUGGGCUAUGCAGAUGAACUGGAAACAACGGUUGUUGAGUUAACCUAUAAUUAUGGUGUCACUGAGUAUAGCAAGGGUAAUGCAUAUGCACAGAUCGCUAUCAGUACAGAUGAUGUAUACAAAAGCGGUGAGGUUGUUAACCUAGUUACCCAAGAGCUGGGAGGAAAGAUCACUCGCCAACCUGGUCCAAUUCCUGGGCUCAACACCAAAAUUACCUCCUUUGUUGACCCAGAUGGCUGGAAAACAGUAUUGGUUGACAAUGAGGAUUUCCUGAAGGAGCUCCAGUAGGAAAGGGCAAAGAUAUGGCAGCAAAAGAUAACUCUCCAUCAUGUUGAAGUUUACAGCCUCUAGUAGCUAGUAUCUAUGUAAUAACUAUGUACGGCAUUAAUAAAAAUGAGGAAUCCAGAGUUGCUGACCAUGUUUAGCACGGAGUUUUAUUAAUUAUGAUAAUGGUUAUUUUAUCUUGUCACCAUCUUAAAUGUCUCUUUUUAAUAUACCUGGUGGUUAAUAUGAAUUAGUAAUGGAAAGUCUGUGUCUCUUUUUAAUA